GUUAGGGGAGGAGAGGAGAGGACGUCAUGUUGAUGAAACGAAACUGAAGGUUCAGAGAAACCAAAGCCAUCCAACGUGGAAUCAGUUCUGUUUCAGAAGAAAAUCAAUCUCAUUUUGGACAAAAAUUGUCAGACGGACAGAAACAACGACAAGGAAUGGCCUCUGCUAACACUUCUUGGUCUGAAGAGAACUUUUCAUGUUCCAUCUGUCUGGAUGUGUUCAACAGUCCAGUUACCACACCAUGUGGACACAACUUCUGCAGAACCUGUAUUACUAAGUUCUGGGAUGAAAAAGGCCAGUACAAAUGUCCGGUUUGCAACAUGCGUUUCUACCCAAGACCUGAUCUACGUGUCAAUAUCCUCUUAUCAGAGAUGGUUGAUCGGUUUGGAACGUCCGUACUAGUUAAAGAGCAACCUCAUGUUGAACCAGGAGAAGUUCCCUGUGACGUCUGUACUGGGACACAGCUGAAGGCUGUGAAGUCCUGCCUAGUGUGUUUUAUGUCUUUCUGCCAAACCCACCUGGAGCCACAUCAGAGAUUCGCAGUCCUGAAGAAACAUCGGCUUGUCGAGCCUAUGGACCGUCUGGAAGACAGGAUGUGUAAGGAACACGACCGACUUCUGGAGCUCUUCUGCAAGACUGAACAGGUGUGUGUGUGUCAGUUCUGCAGAGAGACAGACCACAAGUCCCAUCCUGUUGUACCUCUAAAGGGGGAAUAUGAAGUGAAGAUGGCCCAGCUGCGGAAGAUAGAAGCUGAAGUUCUGCCGAUGAUCCAGGAGAGAAAACGUAAGAUUAAGGAGAUCAAAGACACAGUUAAACGUAGCAAAGCAGCUGCAGACAGAGAGAUAGCCAAAGGUGUGCAGAUCCUCACUGCUCUGAAGCGCUGCAUUGAAAAGCACCGGUACAAUCUCAACAAAACGGUUGAAGAGAAACUGAAAUCCACACAGAAACAAGCUGAAGACCUCAUCAAAGAGCUGGAGCAGGAAAUAGAAGAUCUGACCAUUAGAAGCAUAGAUAUGAAACCACUCUCACACACUAAAGACCACCUCCACUUCCUCCAGACCUUCAGAUCCCUGAAGGAUCCUCCACCCACCAGGGACUGGACCACGGUGGAGGUCCGUCCUCCGUCAUACGUAGGGAACUUGAGGAGAUCCCUGGAUCAGCUGGAGGAGACACUGAACAUGGAGAUGAAGAAGCUGUGUGAUGAUGCUGAACUGAAGAGGGUCCAGCAGUAUGAAGUAGAUGUGACUCUGGAUCCGGAUACAGCUAAUCCCCUGCUAAUUUUGACUGAGGAUUGGAAACAAGUAUAUAAUGGAAAUGUAGUGAGGGAACUCCCGGGCCACCCUAAGAGAUUUACAAAUCAUACAUUUGUUCUCACGAGGCAGAGCUUCUUCUCAGGGAGAUUUUAUUUUGAGGUCCAGGUUAAAGACAAGACUUCAUGGCGUUUAGGAGUGGCCAGAGAGUCUAUCAAUAGAAAAGGUGCGAUCAUGAUGACCCCUGAGAAAGGUUACUGGAAUAUUUACUUUAACAAGGAUGGGUUGGUAUUUAAUGAUGCCCCUGAUGUCCGUCUCCCUCUGAGAGCUGAGCUCCAGAAGGUGGGGGUGUUUGUUGAUUAUGAUGAGGGUGUGGUCUCCUUCUAUGAUGUAGAAGCCAGGGUUCAUCUCUACUCUGCUACCGGCUGCACCUUUAGAGAGCCCCUCUAUCCAUUCCUCUGUCCUGGUUUACGUAAUGGAGGAAUACGUAAUAAAAACGCUGCCCCCCUGAUCAUCUCACCUGUCAAUCAAACAGACUAGGACUUUUGUUUGAUGAUAAAACAACCCAAACAAUUAAUGUUGUUUUUCUGAAUAAGAAUACCAUGUGACAUCUGAGAGAACUGCAUUCAUAUCGCACUAUUCACUGUUUUUUAACAAGGAUAAAUUCCAUCAGCCAUUAAUACUUUGUACUAUAACAAUUGUAAUCCAUUAUAGCUGGUAAAACUACACUAUAUUGUUCAAUGUGUUCUUUCCUGAAGGCUGUUUAUACAUUUAAAGAUAUAAAAUUGGGAUUUCAGAAAAUAUUGAAAAUGUGAAUUAUUAAUUUUUACUAACAUUAUCGAUAGUUUUUUUUAACCAAAUACUUAUAUUUGUUUAUUAUUUUGCAUCAUUUUUGACGACACAAUACAUUGUUUGUACACUUUUCUUAUUUUAAUAAAAAGUAGAAUGGGGCCAUUUUGUUCUCACAAUAUGCA